AUGACUCAACACAACGACAAACGAAAGUCGGAAUGUCAAGUGAAGAUAUUUAGGAUUUUCAACGAAAUCGACAAUUGCCCUCCCGAAAUAGUGUCCUCGCACAGAAACUUUGUGGCGAAGACGGAGGUCAUUGUGGUCAGCACGUCCGACGGUCUGGCGAGCAAGGGCAGCAAUCUGGUCCUGUUCCUGUUCUCCGAUCGGCUGGAGGUGUGCAAGAAGAAGUCGAAGGAGUCCAACAGCUUGAAAAGUCCAAGCACAGUGAACAACCUUCCGACCAAAGCUCUUUCCAAGUACAAACGUAUCAAAUUGUUGUCACUGAACGCGAUCAAGAUUGAAGGAUUGAAAUAUGACAAAUUAUUAACUAAUUUUAUAACUGAUGAUGUCAAUAAGUGA